UCCGGGACCGCCGACUCUCCGCCUACGGAAGCUGGGGCACCGGUCGGCGGUCUCCCAGCGGGGGCCAGGGCCUCGAGUGUGGUCGCCUUCCGGGAGCGGACGCCCGAAGAGCAGCCCUCGGACCAGCUUUACUGGCGAAGCGGCAACAAGGAGACCCGACUGGUGAAAAGAAUGGAUUUUACAGAGGCUUACUCUCACACGUGCUCCACAGUUGGACUUGCUGCCAGGGAAGGAAACAUUAAAGUCUUAAGAAAACUGCUCAAAAAGGGACGUAGCAUUAAUGUAGCUGAUAACAGGGGAUGGAUGCCAAUUCAUGAAGCAGCUUAUCACAACUCUGUAGAAUGUUUGCAGAUGUUAAUUCAUGCAGAUUCAUCUGAAAACUACAUUAAGAUAAAGACGUUUGAAGGCUUCUCUGCGUUACAUCUUGCUGCAAGUCAAGGACAUUGGAAAAUCAUACAAAUUCUUUUAGAAGCUGGGGCAGAUCCUAACGCAACUACUUUAGAAGAAACCACACCACUGUUUUUAGCUGUUGAAAGUGGACAUAUAGAUGUGUUAAGGCUGUUGCUUCGACAUGGAGCAAAUGUUAAUGGGUCCCAUUCUAUGUGUGGAUGGAAUGCCUUGCACCAGGGUACUUUUCAGGAAAAUGCUGAGGUCAUAAAAUUGCUUCUUAAGAAAGGAGCAAACAAGGAAUGCCAGGAUGACUUUGGAAUCACACCUUUAUUUGUGGCUGCUCAGUAUGGCAAGCUAGAAAGCUUGAACAUACUUAUUUCAUCAGGUGCAAAUGUCAAUUGUCAAGCCUUGGACAAAGCUACUCCCCUGUUCAUUGCUGCUCAAGAGGGCCACACAGCAUGUGUGGAGCUUUUGCUGUCCAAUGGGGCAGAUCCUGAUCUUUACUGUAAUGAGGACAAUUGGCAGUUACCUAUUCAUGCAGCUGCACAAAUGGGCCAUUCAAAAAUCUUGGACUUGUUAAUACCACUUACGAGCCGGGUUUGUGACACUGAGCCAGAUAAAGUGAGCCCUGUAUACUCAGCAGUGUUUGGAGGGCAUCAAGAGUGCUUAGAACUGUUACUUCACCAUGGUUACAGCCCAGAUGCCCAGAUGUGCCUUGUCUUUGGAUUCAGUUCUCCCAUGUGUAUGGCUUUCCAAAAGGACUGCAAAUUCUUUGGAAUUGUGAAUAUUCUUUUGAAAUAUGGAGCCCAGCUAAAUGAACUUCAUUUGUCAUACUGCCUGAAGUAUGAGAAGUUUUCAUUAUUUCGUUACUUUUUGAAGAAACGUUGCCCAUUGGCACCGUGGAGCCAUAUACCUGAAUUUAUAAAUCAUGCAAUUAAAGCACAGACAAAAUACAAGGAAUGGUUGCCAUCUCUCUUACUUGCUGGAUUUGACCCACUGAAUCUACUAUGCAGUUCUUGGAUUGACUCAGUCAGCGAUGACAUGCUUAUCUUCACUUUGGAGUUCACUAAUUGGCGGAGACUUCCUUUGACCGUUGAAAAGUUGCUCUCUGCUCGUGCCUCAAACUCUUCUUGGGCUCUACAGCAACAUAUUGCCUCUGUUCCAUCCCUGACCCAUCUUUGUCGUUUGGUAAUUCGGUCCAGUUUAAAACCAGAACAUUUACAAUAUGACAGUUUUAUCUGUCAGUUACCACUUCCCAGAAGUCUACAUAAUUAUUUGCUCUACGCUGAGGUUCUGAGGAUGAAUGAAGUUCCAGAACUGGCAGUUAUCCAAGAUGGAGAACUCAGUGAAGCUACUUAACACAGCUCAUGUAUUACUCUGAAAAUCACCAAGACAAAGAGCCAUGGAGUACAAAUUCUUCUUGAUUUUAUAGUCGCAAAAGAUGAUUUUUGUUUGUGUGGGUGGUUAGGGUUUUGGGGUGAACGUUCACAACUUGUCUUCCUGGUAAAAAAAAUGUAACUUCAUUUAUGUUACUUUAUUGCAGUUUUAUCACUGGUACAUUUCAUGUUGUAAUAUUCAUUUCCUAACCUUUUUUCUGCUUUAUUCUGUUAAUGAACUGUGAUGCUACUUCUAGUGAUAGACAUGGCAUGUUCCAUGACUUUGUGCUUACCUAGGGCUAGGAGCUUAUAAUGGAAUGCAUAAAACUUCACUGAAAGUGCACACAUA